CGGUGCCAUAUCCUCCUGGUACACGCCUGACGGUCAAAGACCUGUAUGUGGACGGGAGGCCCAGCGUGGAGCUGCUGAAGGCUCAUCUGGUGAAGGAGGGCCGUCUGGAGGAGGAGGCGGCUCUCCGGAUCUUAAAUGAGGGAGCCGGCAUUCUCCGCCAGGAGAAGUGCAUGCUGGAAGUGGAAGCCCCCAUCACAGUGUGUGGAGACGUCCACGGACAGUUCUUUGACCUGAUGAAGCUUUUUGAGGUGGGCGGGUCCCCCAGCAGCACCCGCUACCUGUUCCUCGGGGACUACGUGGACAGAGGCUACUUCAGCAUCGAGGUAGGUGGCGUCUCUAAGCGGCGUCCUGUCGCUCUACGUUCGUCCCGUGUGGCUCAGCGGCAGCGUCUUUAAAUAGACGUAGGAAAUGAAAGACACUCUGUCCGUCUCCUCUCCCUCCUGA